UUCUCUAAUUCAAGUCAAGUUAGUGCCGCUUAUGCCCCCUAGAUGGCGCUGCUACGCUCGCGGAAAUCGUCUGCAGUUUCUCGCCGACCUGAUCUUCGAGAUUCCUGCCUCGGAAUCGAUGUUUCUUUCUGAAUUUUCGUAUUUUUGAAGUUUCCAAAAUGAAAUCUCUACUAAUAUGUAUCGGCGUUUUUUCUCUGAUGCAAAGUACCGCGGCUGAUCACGAGGUAUCUGCAUCACAGUUUUUAAAAGGAAAAACUCACACAAACAACUGGGCUGUUUUGGUUGAUACCUCUCGCUUCUGGUUCAACUACCGACACGUGGCAAAUGUGCUGUCAAUGUAUCGCUCUGUCAAAAGACUUGGGAUCCCAGAUAGUCAAAUCAUCCUGAUGGUUGCAGAUGACAUGGCAUGUAAUCCUCGCAACCCAAGACCUGCAACUGUGUUCAAUAAUGCACAACAGCAUAUUAAUGUUUAUGGAGAGGAUGUUGAAGUUGACUACAGAGGAUAUGAGGUCACUGUUGAAAAUUUUGUUCGGCUUCUUACUGGCCGUCUAGCUCCCAGCACUCCAAGAUCAAAACGCCUCUUGACUGACGAUGGAUCGAAUAUCCUUAUAUACAUGACUGGCCAUGGCGGAGAUGGUUUCUUGAAGUUCCAGGAUUCCGAAGAAAUUACAAAUGUUGAAUUAGCUGAUGCUUUUGAGCAGAUGUGGCAGAAGAAACGGUACAAUGAAAUCUUAUUUAUUAUUGAUACCUGCCAAGCUGCCUCUAUGUAUGAACAUUUCUAUUCUCCAAACAUUUUGGCCAUUGCAUCAAGUCUUGUUGGUGAAGACUCACUCUCGCAUCAUGUAGACCCAGCUAUUGGAGUCUACAUAAUAGACCGUUUCACAUACUAUGCUCUUGAAUUCCUUGAGAGAGUGACUCCUGACAGCAAGAAGACAUUGGCUCAGUUUCUGCAAGUGUGCCCAAAGCAAGUCUGCAUCUCUACAGUUGGUGUUCGGAGAGAUCUGUACAAGAGGGAUCCAAAUAAUGUCCUAAUAACAGAGUUCUUUGGGUCAGUUCGAAACGUAGAACUUACAAAUCAGCUUCUGGAUCUUCCCCUGUGUGAAAGGGCUGAUCAGCUUCAGAUAAAUGACUCCAUAGACAGUGAACCAAGAGAUGAAAAUGUCAAGGCUCCAAAGAAAUUAGUUUUUGCUAAUCAGCUGCCUCUUCAUCGAGCAUCAUAGAUAACCAGUUUGAGUCUGCGUUAAUAGUCUGCAUGCUGCAAAUGCUGGUUUUUGUGGUUAGCAGUUUUUUUGUUAUUAAUUUCCUAAAAUUGAAAACUAAAAUAAACUUGCAAAGAAUUUUUGGUGUAAUGAUAAUGAAAAGAGGAGAACUUGAGGUUCGUAUUGUCAUUUUGAUCAUCUUGUUUUACAUUGAUUUUUGACAGCCUUGUAACUAUGAAGUUGCUUAGUAUGAUGUGCUUAAAUUCAGAAAAAUAAUAUAAAUACAAGGGACACAUAUUAUGAAACAUAUAGUUGGUACAAAUAUCCUUACCUAUAAGUGCAAAUGAGUAAAAAAAAGAAAAAAAAAUGCUUUUCAUUUCAGACAUAAUAUUUGAUAUUUUUGACAUGUGAGGUAUAUUGUUUUAUUCAGAAAAUCAUACUAUAUGGCUUCUAGGGCUUAUUACUUAAAUUCUUUGGAAAUACUAGAUAUGAUAAUAAGGUAAAGAAAUGCUUGUAUUAGCAUUAUGAAUUUUUCUUGAUAAUGCUCAGCUGUGAUCAUAAACUUUUCAAAAACAUAUAAGGAAUGUGUGUUGUGUAUGAGUACAUUGAGAGUUCAUACUUUAUAAGGUUCCUUUUUUACUUUCUAUGUAUGAAUGUGAAUUGCUGCUGAAAACCAAACAUUUAGAAGACACUUCUUCCUGUUUUUAAUAGUGAUGAGUUUGAUCUCAAUUUAUUUAGGAGACUACUUUCUUUUCUCAGUACACAUUUUUGGCACUGGAAGGAUUAUUUCAGUAAAAUGAUUUACUUAUCUUCCAUAUUAGCAGGCAUUACCAUUCAUUUUUAAAACUGGGGUAAUAGAAGCCAUAGACUGUAACCACAAGGCUUUCCCCAGAAUACUAUGUUUUAUCAUAGAACAAAUGUCUUUUCUGCACAUAUUUCUCUAUAACUUUGUUUCCAAUGUCUAGUUUCCUUAGAAAUAUAAAUCCAAUACCUUCAUUCAGGGAUAUACCGUUUUUUACUCCCUUGACUGGAGAAUAAAAUAUUCUGGUCAUGUUUUUUCUUAUUCAACUUUCUUUGGAAUGGACAUUGAUUAUAAGGUUUACAUGUAAAGUACUAUUCUUUAUGCUUUAAAAAAUGAAUAUAUAGUACUUUGUGGUGUUACUAUGCUGAAUCACUUCAGCAUAAAGCAUAGUAAAAUAAAGUUAAUGAUUGUAUUGGGAUGUAUUUCUCAUUUUUCAUUUUUGUACACAUUUAUAAACAAUUUUAUAUUUCUUAUGAAAUUAUAAUGAUAGUAAAACUAAGGAAGAAAUCAUGCUGUAGAUAAUUUUGUCUAAUUUGAAGAUAAUCUUAUUUUGUGAAUAUGUUUAUUCUGUAUAUAUAAACCCCAGGUUUGUGUUGGGAAGAUGUACAUGUACUUCUAUCACUUGUGAUUAAAAUAAAAGACGUGUAAAGCUAAUACCAUAAUUAUCAUUUACCCAAAAUUGUUUGCUUUUUUUAUAAAAAAUUAUUCCAUGAUAUUUUGUCUGUCUGUCUCUCCCUCCAGACAGAUACAUGCUUAAAGGUGUGACCCUUUACAGGAGAGCGUUCUAGCAAAGAAUAGUAAGCUUUAAUUGCUAUGUGGUUCUCUAAGAAGGAAAAUUACAUGAAAUUAUAGCUAGAAUGUUAAAAUUUUAAAAAUGUCUAAAAUGGAAAUUUCCACUUCUCAUUUUUGCUCUUAGUUGGUUUCUGAAUUUCUUAUAUCAAUUACCUAGAGGUAUUUUUUGGUCUUACAGUCUUACAGAAAUGGUACCACAACACCCCUCACCCCAAAUAUGAUUAUUCAGAUAAUAAUUCAUGUUAAUAUUGGAGAAAAAAACUUGUUCAUGGAAAUUUUCAGUUAAAGAAUGUGGAUAUGUACUGAAAUAAAUAAGAACACAUGCAAGCAUUUCAUCUUUAUUUUAUAAUCACUGAAAGAAAAUUUCAGUAAUAAAUUAAACUAUACAACCAAGUAACAUGAAAUAUUUCAAAAUUAAGUUUUCAUAAGAAUGGAGAAUGAGAUUCAACUGGAACAAAAUGAAAGCAAUUGGAUACAGAAUGAGUUAAGAGCAAAGAAUAUUACACCUUUUAUAUAUAUAUAUAUAAAAUAUAAAUAUUUUAACCAUUCAUUGCACAAACUUUUCAUUCUCCUCAUCUUCUAUGUACAGAGAGUAAAGGAAACAACACACUCCCAGCUGUCCACACAAAUCAUGAGGCAAGACGAAGAAGGAUAAGUAGUCAUGGGCUGACUCCAUGUCUUCUCUUCUUCCCUCAUUCUUUAUACAUAACACUCCUCAUAUUCAGACCAUUUGUAUGUGAUAUACUUUGUAGAAUGUCAUACAUUCCUUUUUGAUCUUUACCUUGAAGUUCUCCUCAAGAUAUUUUCUUGGGAGAGAGUCCUGCCUCAUUUCAGCUUCCCCAAACCUUGCUAUGGAUUCAUUCAUAAAAUUACACAUAGCAAGGUACACAGUUCGUUGAGCAACAGCAUGUUACAUGGGGAAGUAUAGUGCAAUUACUGGGUAAACUUCAAAAAAAAAGUAUUGGAGGUAAAACAGAAUGAAUAUCCAGAGUGAAAAUUAACAAGUUUCUCUAAAAAUAUAUUCAAUAUACAUAAAUAUAUCUGUUGACGGAAACUUCUUGUAUCAAUAAUAAAUAUUUUUCUAAAGAAAAACCAAAUGUGUAAGUACUUCGUAACCAGCAGUACUUUUCUUAUAAUUCCAUCUUUAAUGUUAAGAACUAUCACAGCUUCCAAUGAAAUGUAAGAUAAAAUAGCAUUUGUGAAUUGCUUGGGCAGAUGUUCCCCAUUUACAUGAUAAAUAUAAUGUUCUCAAAAUACUUGAUAACCUUUUCAGAGUAUAAUGAUACAAGGAAGACAAAUGCCUCAUAAAGUUUGAAGUAAAAAAUGCCAGGGCCAGGUUUAACUGUGAUAUGUCAAUGCAAAUGAUAAUGUAAAAGAGAAAUAAAAAAUCCUAUUUUUGUUGUUGAAGCCCCAAAAUCUUUAUGAUGACUUUAUAUGCUAUUUAUACUGAAUUUCUCUAUUAAAAUCCUUAAAUAUCCAUGCUGUAAUAAAAAUCCAGGACAAAAAUUGCAAAAGUACUUCCUGUAUCGUAAAAACCCAAGGGUAUUUUUCAUUCCCUUUGUUGUCAUGGUAUUAUCUAUUAUAUAUACAUACAUACAUACAUAUAUAAAUAUAUAUAUAUAUAUAUAUAUAUAUAUAUAUAUAUAUAUAUAUAUAUAUUUACAUUUAUAAAUAUGCCUGAGCACAUAACAAUUUAUAUUCAUUUUAAAAGAUUCAGUUGAACUUUAUGUGUUGAUAAAUAAGCACAUCAUAUUUACAGAAAUUUUCCCAAUAUUACUUAUUAAAAAUCAGUCUGAUGUGCUAUUCACUUAGCUUCAAGAAUUUUUAGUAACUACACCUUGAAUGAAUAACAUCUGCCUAACUUGUAAGUGCCUAAAUAUUACAUCCAAACUUGCCUAUGGCCACACUGACAAAGCCACGAAAUGUUUUAACAUUUUGUAAUUUCUGGCCCUUGCACUAAUUCUUUACUGUUUAAUCAAUAAAAUAAGAGUAAUUAUGUAAAAUCAUUAAACAGAAUUAAAACAAGAAGCAUCAUUAUACCACAAGUACACCAAUAAGAAAAAAAAGAAAGGAAAAAAGAAAGAAAGAAAGAAAAAGGUUUCGUAUGACAGAAAUCCCAAUUAUCUUAGGACUCUACUAUUGUAUAUCACCUCAUGAGUUCACAGAAAAAGCAUUAAUGCUGCCAGGGAACAACUGAUCAAUUUGUUUCUUUUUUCUUUUCUUUCUUUUUUCAGAAAAUUCUACCUCAGUGGUGGUUGUGGAACUUGUCUUUCCUACGCAAUCAAAAUUUACACAAACAUGAGAUGGAGAUCAACAUAUCAUAAUCACCAAACUCUUAAAAUAGAAUUUUGAGUUAAAUAAACUAUCUAUAUAUAAUAUAUGCAUUUAUAUAAUAUCGAUUUUUUUAGUGUGAAAUGAUAAUCCUGAUAUAUACUAAAAAUAAAAAUAUACAUAUUCAUGUUUAUACACACACACACACACACACACACACACACACACACACACACACACACACACACACACACACACACACA